AUGCCGUCAGUUCCAUCAUAUACUUUGCUCCAGCCCGAACUGACUAGGAAGCCUUCGAAGGCUCGGUUGAUUUUAGCGAUAUUCUUUCUGGUGUUACUCGUUUUGUUGGUUGUAUUUAUUUCGUUGUACGUUGUGGCGAAAAAUAAGACGACCAGCGAGGGCCAUUCGAAUGGCACACCAACUAUAUGGCCAACUGCGUCGACGAAGACUUGUAAUACCAUUGGAUGUGUCGUCAGUGCUGCAGACAUUCUCAACAAACUUGAUCAAUCCGCUGAUCCAUGCGAGCAUUUUUAUCAGUACAGUUGUGGAGGAUUCGUAAAGAAGAGUUACAUCCCUGAUGGCGAAUCAUACAUUGAUUCGAUCACUGCAUCAAAUGAUUUCAUUCAAUACACCUUGAGGGAUCUCUUUCAAAACAAACAAUUGCAGUCAAAUUAUUCUGUGGAUCCAAGUUCAGCCGUCUAUAAAGCAUUCGUAUUCUACAAGUCUUGUAUGGACGUGGAGCGUCUUGAAAUUGCCGGGGAUUAUCCAAUUCGUCAAGUGAUUGAAAAAUAUGGCUCUUGCAGCAUAACCAACAACAAAUGGUCUGAAGAUACUUGGGUGUUGGAGAAAAUACUAGCGAGAGUACUUGCUGAUACAGGAGUACCAGUCUUUCUUGAUGUAGAUAUAAAGCAAUCGUUCUUAAACACGUCGGAAAUCUAUGUUUCGAUAGGCGGGGGACAUUCUGGUUAUGACAAUAAACAACUGGAAAGAGAAAAAUGGGAUUCAAGAAAACUUGAGUUAAAGCUAAACAAAGAAAAUGGUAUUCCCACGAAUGACGUCGAUGAUUACAAAAAGCUUAUGUCCACCAUAUUCAAACUGUUAGGAACAAAUUCUCUCAUUGAUUAUGAAGUAAAUCGUCUUGUUAAUUUGGAAGACAGUUUUUUAAAGGUUCGGGAAACUUUAGAUCUAUCUGACGUAGAUGCGAUUAAAAAUAAAAUCACAUUUAUGACACUAGAAGAGCUGAAUAAACUGACAUCGCUCAAGUUUAAUUGGAAAGUGUAUCUUGAGGAGAUAUUUAAGGGCACAAAAAAAUCAAUUGCAUCAGACCAGAAACUCAUGAUAAUCAUGCCAAACAAUAUCAAAAGCAUCGUUAACUGGCUUGCAGACAAACCCAAGAGUUUGCUUGCUAACGAGGUAAUAUGGAGUGUUGUCAGAACCUUUAUCGAUAAUCUACCAAAGGCAUUUAGAAAAGCCCGACAGGAAUAUUAUUUGACUUACGGACUACAGACAACUCCUAGAUGGAAGGCGUGUAAUGCUUUAGCAGACAAAUAUUUCACGCAUGCUACCACUUUGCUGUUUGUUAACAAACAUGUGAAAGACGACACUUUAAAAAAGGUGGCAGAUAUGUUUUCUGAGAUCAAAGCUGAGUUUGUUGAUGGUCUUAAAGAACAAAAGUGGAUGGAUAAACCCACCCGCGCUCAGGCCCGUCUUAAGCUAAAUAAAAUGAAGGAUUGGAUUGGCUUUCCAUCAAUUGUUAAGAAUGCAACAGAACUGAACAAUUAUUACAACAGGGUUGAAGUCAGUGAAUUAUUACUCUUACAAAAUGCGUUGAAUUCCAUCAGAGAUAUGGUUAUAAAGAAGAUUGACAGAUUGGGCAAACCCCCGGAUGACAGCAGGUUUUCGAUGUCACCUCUUUCUGUCAAUGCAUAUUAUUCGUUUCAAGCAAACGGAAUAACAAUUUUAGCGGGAAUAUUACAGCCACCUUUCUACAAAGAUGCAACGCUAAAGGCGUUAAGUUAUGGCUCCCUUGGGAUGUUUGUAGGUCAUGAAAUUACACACGCCUUUGACAAGCAAGGAAGUGAAUACGAUGAAAAUGGAAACAUUCGGCAGUGGUGGACUAAGGCAUCACACGGCAAUUUUGUGAAACGAUCAGAAUGUUUGAUUAAACAGUACAACAAUGUUACAAUAUCUGGUUUUCAGGUUAAUGGCACUAAAACAUUAUCCGAAAAUAUUGCUGACAACGGAGGAUUGAAAUAUGCCUACAGAGCCUAUCAAAAAUGGCGAAGAACACAUGGUGAUGAAGACAGGCUACCAGCUCUCUCUUUGGAUAAUAACCAACUUUUUUUCGUUAGCUUUGCCCAGACGUGGUGUGCCAAGUACACAAAGAAAGCGGUCAAAAUUUUGAUAAGUAUUGAUGACCAUUCACCGGAUGCAGUGAGAGUGCGUGUUCCAAUCCACAACUUUCCCGAAUUCAGUACAGCAUUUGGAUGUCCACCGCGGAAUAAUACCUGCGCAGUCUGGUAGUAUUUCCCUUAAUUGCAACAUAGCCUUAUGGUAUAGAUUUUUUGUCUUACCUUGGAACCUCUUUAAUAUAAGCAGAAGACAGUGAGACUUUAUUAAUUUUCAAACAACAAAUUAAUUUGAUAACCGAUUGAAACCUAACGUGCAUCUGUUUUAAUGAGUAUUAAAUUUAAAAGGUAGAGAAGUCCUACAGGGCCUAUUUUAACUAUAUAACUGGGGGCUUCGCCACCUUUGGAAUUCGUGCCAGUAUUAAAAAAAAUUGUUAAUAUUUAUAAGUCAUAGCUUAUUACAGCUUAUAAUAGCGUGAAAUAUUUGUUCACUAAAAUGUAAAUAUUUUAUGUUGCUUAAUUUUGCUUCACUGCGUUCAUGUUUAAAUGGGGAACGGCGUGUUAACAUUCGCGCCGGCUCCCGAAGCGACGCCACAAUUUUUAUAAAGGGUGAAAAAUGGGUGAAACAGCGAUGCCGAUCGUUUAAUUUAUUAUAAAGAUAGUAUAACAUUUACAACCAGGGCCGUCGCUAGAAGCUUAAUUGGGGGGUAUAUAUUCAUAUAUUCAUGCAUGUUCAUACAACCGUAGAAACAUAGCAAACAAAAGAAAUCAGUCGCGGGCAUAAGACGAAUAACAUGAAUCCCCCCCCAAUUAAGCUUCUAGCGACAGCCCUGUUUACAAUAAAACUUGACAGGAAAGUCUCUUUCAAAACUUAUUUAAAAGCUCUCUCGAAACAACAUAAGAAGAACAUGCAACAACAAAACCAAAACAAAGC